AGAGAGGAAGGAAGGAAGGAAGAAGAAAAGGAAAAAAAAAAUCAGUGAAAAUACUGCCUUUGCUGUGUAACCACGGCAACUCCUCCCUCAAAACGCAACAUCACCAAAAGCCCCCACCGCGUGAACCCAGCAGGAACUGAUACGCUGUCUGCCGGUUACCUGGCUUUAUUAAUAAACCAACCGGUUCACGUGGUCAGCCCAGCCCAGCACACUAUUGCUGCCACAUUAGCAAGGUAUUUUCAACCGGGUGGGCUUUUUUUCUCUCUCUCUCUCUCUCUCUCUCUCUCUCUCUCUCUCUUUUUUUUUCUCUCUCUCUCCUCUCAUCCGAGACCGGAGAGAUGCUGCUGCUGCUGCUGCUGUGAGGGAGAGAGGUGAGCGCAGUUGGAAAAGCAUUUCUCUCUCUCUCUCUCUCUCUCUCUCUCUCUCUCUCUCCAUCCAUAGCUCCUCCUCUGUCGUCGGAGAGCGGACACCGGUCACAUUUUUUUUGUAGCUCAAUGAGAGCAAGAGGGCACCGAAAGAGGAUUUCCUAAUUCCAACCUGCUGCUGUGCCGUGCGGCUGUUUUUCCUCGCGCCUCUGUCAAAGCAGAGGCUAAUAUGAAGACAUCAUUUGGCAAACCAGACCCUGGGAAGAACCUACAAUCUUUUCAACUCAUUUGAAACUGAAGACAAAGGCAUGCAUUGUCUCCGGUAAAACCUGCUCCCCACUCUCCCCUCUUCCUACCUAGCCUUUGAGAGUGAGGACAACACAAGCUGCACAGACAUGGGUUCAGAUCAACCCUGCAUGGAUUCACCAGAGCGAAGACCCACAUUGGGUGCUGCCUGUAAGCGGCAGGGCCACCGGUGUCUGCGGAAAAAGCUGAGGCCAGUGCGAAUCUUAGGGUUCGUCUUCAGCCUGGUGGCCGUAAGUGCCGUCUCCUUCAGUGCCUUGACCUGGAGCUCAGGGGGUCUCAGUGAGCCAGUGCUCCCCCAGGAGAGUCUCCACCGGUCGGCCCCCCCACAGGACUCUCUUUUUACCCAAACUCAGAGGGACCCCAAUGUGUCAGCUGACAUGCCAAUAGCCAUGAAAUCUACAGCAGAUAGCAACAAGAGCCAGGGGGAUUACCCACCAGACAUUUUCACCGUUGACGAGAGGCGCCAAGGAGCAGUGGUCCUCCACAUGUUCGGCAUGAUCUACAUGUUCAUUGCCUUAGCCAUAGUGUGCGACGAGUUCUUCGUCCCAGCGCUGACAGUCAUCACAGAGAAGCUGACCAUUUCCGAUGACGUAGCGGGCGCCACCUUCAUGGCGGCGGGCGGCUCAGCCCCGGAGCUCUUCACCUCCAUCAUCGGCGUCUUCAUCUCUCACAGCAACGUGGGCAUCGGGACCAUCGUGGGCUCGGCUGUCUUCAACAUCCUCUUCGUGAUCGGGAUGUGUGCCAUCUUCUCCAAGGAGAUCCUCAACCUAACGUGGUGGCCACUCUUCCGCGACGUCUCCUUCUACAUCAUAGAUCUGAUCAUGCUCAUCAUCUUCUUCCUGGAUAACAUCAUCUCCAUGUGGGAAAGCGUCACGCUGCUCUCGGGCUACGCCGCCUACGUGAUCUUCAUGAAGUUCAACAGCCAUGUUGAGGGCUUCGUCAAAAGUUGCAUGAACAAGAACCAAGUGGUAGAAGUAGAAGUGCAGCCCAAGGAUGAAAAGGCAAGUCCUGGGGCGCCAGAGGAUGACGGCAAGUUGUCGGCCAGGCCUCGGCUUCAGAGGGGGGGUAGUUCUGCCUCCCUCCACAACAGCUUGAUGAGGAACAGCAUUUUCCAACUGAUGAUUCACACGUUGGACCCUUUAAGUGAAGAAUUUGCUGACUCUGAGCUUGGGACUUAUGGGAAACUAAAAUAUUAUCACUCAAUGACUGAGGAAGGUAAAUUUCGAGAGAAGGCAUCCAUUCUUCAUAAGAUCGCUAAAAAGAAAUGCCAAGUGGAGGACAGUGAGAAGGCCAAUGGAGUAGCGAGCCGUUCAGAUAAGAACCUUCCUAACAGCUCCAGCGUGGAAGUGGAAGUGACACCACCCAUGAAUGGAACGGCAGGGCAAGAGGGGGAAACGGCUGAGGAUGAGGAGGAGGAGGACCAGCCUCUGAGCCUGUCCUGGCCUGAGUCCAACCGCAAGCGCCUCACCUACCUCUUAAUCAUACCUAUUGUCCUGCCCCUGUGGAUAACGCUGCCUGACGUCAGGAAACCGGCAUCACAGAAGUUCUUCCCCGUCACCUUCCUGGGUUCCAUCUGUUGGAUAGCAUGCUUCUCCUACCUGAUGGUGUGGUGGGCUCACCAGGUUGGAGAGACCAUUGGGAUUACAGAGGAGAUUAUGGGUCUGACUAUAUUAGCAGCUGGAACCUCCAUCCCUGACCUCAUCACCAGUGUUAUUGUGGCACGCAAAGGGCUGGGUGAUAUGGCUGUAUCCAGCUCCGUGGGCUCCAACAUCUUCGACAUUACUGUUGGACUGCCGUUCCCCUGGCUCAUGUGGUCCUUUUUCAACGGCCUGCAACCGGUGCCAGUCAGCUCCAACGGCCUCUUCUGUGCCAUCGUGCUCCUCUUCCUCAUGCUCCUCUUCGUCAUCAUCUCCAUCGCCGCCUGCAAGUGGCGCAUGAGCAAGCUGCUCGGCUCCAUCAUGUUCAUGCUGUAUUUGGUCUUCCUGGUGGUCAGCGUCAUGCUGGAGGACAGGGUCAUCCAGUGUCCGGUGUCCAUCUGAGGGACCUCCGUGGACCUACUUCCUCUCCUUCGUCACUACCACCACCAACACAACCAUCCUUCUUCGUCCGCCAUCGCUCUCACUUGACCCUUGUGAUCCUUUACCCCAGGACUAAAAGAAGAAUAACGAGGACUGGAGAAGAGAAUAAUAUAAAAAAUAUGGAAUCGACCUAUAUUUUCAGUAAGCAGGUGGUGGCGGGGAGGGGUUGAACCAACAAGGGCACAAGACUUUGGCUUGGCUGGUUUAGCAUAGGCCUAACCUGAGUGGAUUUUUAUUUAUUAUUAUUAUUAUUAUUAUUAUUAUUAUUAUUAUUAAUUGGCAGGUGAGGGGGGUUAUGGGUGCACCAGCCAAAUAUAGAAGCAUUAUGCAUGCCAUUAGUGUCACUAGAUAAGCUGGAAUCAAGACUCCACCUGGUAGGUUGAGGAGAAUGUCCUCCUGUGAACUAACUUUGGGGGACGCACUGUAUAAAACUCUCAAUAAUAAAUGCAGUGGCUGAGCUGAAAUUGUGAGCAUAUUUGAACACACGCACACACACACACACACACACACACACACUAGUUUAACAGACUAAGACGCUGUCACCAAGAGUGAGUUUGUGGAUGAGGAAAUGGCAGACUGUGUGGAUGAAGAUUCCGUGCCGAACGUGUUUUCUGUCCGAUGGUAUUGAGCGAAAAAAGACUCUCCUGUGAGCUUUGCACCUGAGCAACAAGGGAUGAAACACUCUUGCUGGGCAGGCGAACUUCUUCUUUGUUAUUUCUUAUUUGCAGAUUCAUCAUGUGCUCAGUCUGAAUGACAAGUUUAAGCUUCCCCUCUUCCCUGCCGGAUGUCAUUUUUCACCACCGAGGAUUCUUCUUUUUUUUUUCUUUUUUUUUUGGGAUUCAUGAAAUAUAUAGAAAGUAGCAUUAGAUGUACUGUAGCAGUAUUAGUUCAUGUAGAGUCAUCUUAACAAUCUUUUCCUUUUUGCCACUGAACACCAUGUUAUGAUUGUACAGAACUUUUCAUGCUUCACACGCACCGACUGACAAAGGAAAGAAAAAAUAAGCCUACCUGAAGUUUAGCCUCUCACAAUAUAUGCUAGCCUUCAAUAUCUUUCACUGGUUGGAAAAAAAGGCAUGGGUACUAUGUCAAAAUAAUACAUUUUGAAAAGAACAGUGUUUAAGUGUCAUGGUUGAAUUAGAUUAGUCAAUGUGUAGUGCUUUGUUCACAGUAGAACUGGGCUCAAAUCACCGGCUAGUCAAGCUCCUGGGGUAGUAGUUUUAAGGAGUCAACUGCAUGUACAAAUAGACACUCGGAGGUGAAUAAUACCAAUCAACAUUUAAGAAGUUGUAUACCAAAAUGUAUACUUUUUCAAACAUGUUUCAUAACUUCUUAAUGCAAACCACUAGUCAGUCUCUAUGUAGAAAAUGUCAACAUGUAUGGUCAAUGAUAUCUAUCAAACUUGUGCAAUUUCUUUUCUAAUCAAAGGUGCUUUUGUGUGCAUGUGUGCAAUCUGCAUUUGAAGUCAUCACACAAUGACCAUUCCUUAUAUUUAUCUAUGACUAGAGGUUAUACUACCAGUAUUUUGCAACUAACUGCAAAAAAAGAAUACACCAAUCUGUGUUUUGUACUGGAAAUAGAAAUCAUAAUCACAAUCUCUCUUUAGGCUACAUAGAAUGUGGAAAUCACAGAUUUAACAGCAAUAUACCGUGUGUGUCGUCGUUGAGAAUUGCAUACCUCCCCUUCCCCCCGCCAUGCGUCUGUCUCCCGUUGUCCCUCCUGUCCGACGUGCUCCGAAAACCCACCGAGGAAAAAGUGGUACACCUUUCCUCUUUCCGCAAACCCCUUCCUGUUAGAGCUGGCCAGAAACACCUGCUUUACCUCAGCACAGCCUCUGUACAGCAGCUUAGUAGGAAUUCACUGUAAAAAUAGUAAAUAGAUUAUCUGAAUGUGUGAGGAAAAAUGCAUGCGAGGAAUUUGGGCUGGUUACCCACUGACUGUACAGCUGAGCUUAGACCAACUAUAUAUGUUCACUUUUAUGCAUCCAUUCAGAGAGAAACACCAAGAACUCAUUGGUUUUACUUUGUAAAUAUGAACACCUGUUUUUUUUGAUUUUUUUGGGGGGGUUCCUUUGCAAGAACCAAAUGGUUCACACAUGUAUUUUAUUCACUUUUAUUUAUUUUCUUUUUGUAAUAGUGGAUGGAAAAGGACAAUUAUGGUGGCCCUUUAGUGUCAUAGUAUUACUGAGCAAAAAACAACAUGAGCAUUUAUUUUUAGACUACUCAACAUCUCAUUAGCAUACAUUACACUGUAAACAAGCCUGUUCUGCUACGAAAACGAGGGCUUUAAAUACCAUAUUGCUCCGACAAAUUCAACAACAGCAGGACUAGAACACCAUGUUUUCUUUGGCAUUUGGCAAAGGCCACAAAUGCGCAGGAAAAAGAAAACCAUGAUCCCUGCAUCAACCCAACUCAUAUGUUAAACUGUUAUGUGUGGUCUGCUCUCGUGCAGUAUAUUUCCUUGAGCAUUUCUACAACCCAGAUUCAAAGAGUCAGUUUAAGGCCUCUCUUCCCUCCGAGCACCCACUCUCUCUUGUGAUCACACCUCACCUCUAGUUUCUACUCGCCCCUCUCUUUCAAAGAAUAGUUUGACAUUUUGGAAAAUGCAAUUUUUUGCCUUCUUGCCGAGUUAUAUGUGAGAAGAUGGACGCCACUUUCGUGUCAGUGCAGUAAAUACAACGCUAGUUAGCUUAGCUUAGCACAAAAACGUGACACUAGCUAGUCUGGCUUUAUCCAAAGGUAACCAAAUUCACCUACCAACACCUCUAAAGCCGCGUACGUUAAAUCUGUACAAAAACAGUACGAGUGUAAAAACAGGAAGUAGAGAUUUUAUUUUCCAGUUUUGGAGAGAGUGGUAUUGAUGUUUUUGUCUAACUCGCGGUAAGAAAGCAUUUCCCAAAAUUCCUACAGGUCAAGAGGUCUUUGCCUGAGUUUGGUUGACCUUCUACCACUACAGUCGCACUGUACCCGUGCACUUCCAUUCCCCAAACCCCUCUUGUCAGGACAACCAUUUCUUCUUUCUUUCUCCACAGCUCUCAUUGUGUUUUUGUGUGCGAGCAUGAAUGGAGAGAGGAAAAACAAAAAGAAAAAAAUCCAAAGGCAAAACCGGUUUAGCAUGUGAGCUUGGCAUCGGUUGUGGUUUACCAGGGUAAGCGAACCGUGAGAGUUAAUCACUAAUGAACAUUCUUGCACUGUAAAUGUUUAUUUUCUUGGUGUUGAUGUAAGAUUUAUUUAAGGUGUACAUAUAUACAGAUACAAAUUAACCAUAUAAUCUAUAUGUGUAAAAGAAAUAUGUCUCUUUAUGUAAAAACACAAAGUAUAUAAUAAAACAAAUAAAGAUGAUAAUUCAAAUAUGCAACAA